GUGAUGAACCACCAAUAGAAAAGGAAGACUUAAGAGUAGAAGUAAAUCAUGUAACUUCAUCAGCACUAAUGGAAUGCGAAGUAGAUUCUGACCGAUAUAGGAGAAUGUUGAAGAUAUCUGAUCAGUUUGAUGAUGUAUUUGAGGGAUUUCAUAGCAUACGCGAAAUGGAAGCAGAAAUGAAACCUUUAAGUGAUGAAAAUAAAACAAAUUUAAGGAAGUUAAAAAAUCGUCAUACG